GGCUCACGGAAGGCGGAAGUGUGUGAGCCGAAGGCAACGCUGGCGACACCUCAGCUCCGCUUCGCUGCCUGAGGAGUUUCAGGCUGUGUUGUCGGUGUCUCCUAGGCGGCCGCGGGAACGACGGACGAUGACCACGAGGCAGCCGCCGGGCCUGGCGGGAUCUGGAGGCUGACCUCGCCACGCCGCCGGCCGGUGUCGGGCUCCCUGCUUAAGAGUCCGAGAAGGUGACGCCACCCAGACCUGCCUCACCAUGACCGCGGCCGCCGGCUCCAACUGGGGGCUGGUCACCAACGUGGUGAACAGCAUCGUGGGGGUCAGCGUGCUCACCAUGCCCUUCUGCUUCAAGCAGUGUGGCAUCAUUCUGGGGGCCCUACUCUUGGUCUUCUGCUCCUGGAUGACACAUCAAUCAUGCAUGUUCUUGGUGAAGUCAGCUAGCUUGAGCAAGAGGAGAACCUACGCUGGCUUGGCAUUCCACGCCUAUGGAAAAGCCGGGAAGAUGCUGGUGGAGACCAGCAUGAUUGGGCUGAUGCUGGGGACCUGCAUUGCUUUCUAUGUCGUGAUUGGUGACUUGGGGUCCAACUUCUUUGCUCGGUUGAUUCAGGUAACUGGCAACUUCCGUGUGUUCCUGCUCUUCGUGGUGUCCCUGUGCAUUGUACUCCCGCUCAGCCUGCAGAGGAACAUGAUGGCCUCCAUCCAGUCCUUCAGUGCCAUGGCACUUCUCUUCUACACUGUCUUCAUGUUUGUGAUCGUGUUGUCCUCCUUGAAGCAUGGCCUCUUUAGUGGACAGUGGUUGCAGCGGGUCAGCUAUGUCCGCUGGGAGGGUGUCUUCCGCUGCAUUCCCAUCUUUGGCAUGUCCUUCGCCUGCCAGUCCCAGGUCCUGCCCACUUAUGACAGCCUGGACGAGCCAUCUGUGAAGACUAUGAGCUCCAUAUUUGCCUCCUCCCUCAAUGUGGUCACUGCCUUCUACAUCAUGGUUGGGUUUUUCGGUUACGUCAGUUUCACCGAUGCCACUGCAGGCAAUGUGCUGAUGCACUUCCCCUCCAACCUGGUGACAGAGAUGAUCCGUGUGGGCUUUGUGAUGUCUGUGGCCGUGGGCUUCCCCAUGAUGAUCCUGCCAUGCAGACAGGCCUUAAACACGUUGCUGUUUGAGCAGCAGCAGAAAGAUGGAACCUUUGCUGCUGGAGGCUACAUGCCCCCACUCCGGUUUAAAGCACUAACCCUCUCGGUGGUGUUCCGAACCAUGGUCGGCGGCAUCCUGAUCCCCAAUGUGGAAACCAUCCUUGGCCUCACAGGGGCAACGAUGGGGAGUCUCAUCUGCUUCAUCUGCCCAGCUCUCAUCUAUAAGAAGGCCCACAAGAAUGCCCUCUCUGCCCAGGUGGUGCUCUGGGUUGGCCUGGGCAUCCUGGUGGUCAGCACACUCACCACCCUGUCUGUGAAUGAAGAGGCCCCCAUGGACUUGUCACAGGAAACGCUCAGCGGCCGGCGAGAAGAAGCCAAGGGCGGAAUGAAGGCCGAGGCCGCCCGGCUCUCAGUCCAGGAUCCCGUGGUGGGCAUGGCUGAGGAUGGCCGGGAGAAGCCAAAGCUGCCAGCAGAGAAAGCAGAGCUGGAGCAGGCCCAAAUUAAGGGUCCUGUGGAUAUGCCUGGAGGGGAAGCUGCCAAGGAGAAGCAGGAGGCUGCACAGCUCGAUCGCCCCGGCCACGGUAUCGCGAUUCCCAUGGGCGAGGCCCACCGCCACGAGCCUCCCAUUCCUCAUGACAAGGUGAUAGUGGAUGAAGGUCAAGACUCAGAAGGACCAGAGGAGAAUAAGCCACCUCCCAGACACACGGCAGGAGGGGAUCCUGGGGGCAAGGGGCAGAUGGCAGCCCCUCCUCCUGAGGUGGAGAGGGAGAAACAGGAAGCUGAGAGGAGAGAGGCAGAGAAGAGACCUGAGCAAGCCCCAGCCUUGGAGGCAGUGGGCACUCUUCCUGAACAACCUCAGAAGGCUCCAGAAGCAGAUGGUCAGCCUGGGAAGGGGGAUUCCAGACCAGAUGACAGGGAUCUGCAUCCAGGGCCCCAGGCUGUACUCUCUGUGGAGCAGAACUCCCACGUGGCUGGUGAAGGGGAGAAGGCUGCACACAAGGCUGAAGGGGACCUGAGGAAGCCUGUAGAGAAUGACCCCAAGAGUGACUUCGGUGAAAUGGCAGUCCUCCCAACACAGAGGCUGGAGGCUCCAGAGCAGAGGGAGGCUGAGCGGCUCGGCGGAGACCAGGGGGCCAGCAAGCUGGAAGAUGAAAUUAAAAAGAUAGUAGCAGAAGCCGGCAGGGCCGAGAUGCUGGACCAUGCCGUCUUGCUGCAGGUGAUCAAAGAGCAGCAGGUACAGCAGAAGCGCCUCCUGGACCAGCAGGAGAAGCUGCUGGCUGUCAUUGAGGAGCAGCACAAGGAGAUCCGCCAGCAGAGGCAGGAGGAUGAGGAGGACAAGCCCAGGCCCGCAGAUGUGCAGCCAGAGCCUGGGAUGGCUGGGCCUAGGGGACAGGAGGAAGAUGAGGCCCAGCAUGAUCGUGCUGGGGAGUCAAUGGAGAAUGCCCCUGUGCCCAGAGCUCCAUCCCAGGAGCUGCAUCAGCACGCCCUGGGGGAAGUCAAAGGAGUGCCCGACAGAGACCUGGUUGACCCUCCUGCUGGUGGCUCUGACACAGAGCCUCAGGCCGUCCACACCAAGCUGAAAGAAGACCAGAAGGUUGUUGCGAGGGAGGGGGCACCCAAGAAUCCAAAGAAGCGCCUUGAAGAGGAGGUCCCCAGGCACAGCCAAGAUGGUGGAGGUUCCCAAGAAAGGAAGAAAACUAGAAAGGAAGUACCAGCCACUGCCACUAACACUCGGGAAGAGGCUGACCAGCCUGUGGGUGGGGCAGAGGCUGAGGACUUACAAAAGAAGUCCAAGCCCUUAGACCGAGACCUGGGACCUGUUGUAGGCCCAUCUAGCAAGCCAGCAAGUAUGGCCUUUGAGCGCCAGGUCAUCUCUGACAAGGACCGGGAUGGUCACCCAGAGGUAAGAAAGGAGGCCCCUGGAGGGGUCAUUGUACCUGCUGAUGAGAAGAAAGUGAGGGAGGAGGAUGCUGUUCAUGACCUGAAACAGAGGGCAGACCCUAAUCCUGGGCCCAGACUAGCUGGCCUUGGGGAUCAGAAGCCGGACAAUGCUAAACCCAACCGAGACCUGAAAGUGCAGGCUGGUUCUGACCUCCGGAGGAGACGGCGGGACCUUGCCUCUCAUCCAGAAGGGGAGCCAGCUCCGAAGGAUGGCAUCAUCAUUAGUUUUAAUCCCCUGCCUGACGUACAUGUGAAUGACCUCCGAAGUGCCCUGGACACCCAGCUCCGUCAAGCUGCAGGGGGUGCCUUGCAGGUGGUCCACAGCCGACAUAUUAAACAGUUGCCUGGCGCUCUGGAGGAGUCCUGAGAACCAGCUCAUGGUGAGGGCUGCUGCCAGACAUCAGACAGCAGCCGGUCGUUCCCAGCUGUGUCCUGACUGAAUGUGGAGACCAUGUUGAUAUGUCCCCAGGGAUUGGUGUCUGAGGCCUUCACAGCACAUUGUGAAAGUCUAAAAGGCUGCACCAUCUGCAGCUGCUUCCAGACAUCCUGUUUUGCUGUCACCCCUCUUGCUUUGAGGCCACUAGACUUCCGAAACCUAAGCUCUUCCUGGCCCAGCAGUGGCUUCAGCCUGGAGCCACCCAGAGACACAAAUUCUCCGAGACAUCACACUGUGGCAGCACUUGUGUGCCUGUUGAUUCGCCUUUGUUCCACUGUGUUGAAGUCCAGUGGCAUCUCUGAUUAUAGGGUGGACAUCCUGCCGCCAGUGCAGUCAACUUGCAGCCUCUAUGAGAACCACCCUGGCCUGAUGUGGCCCACACACUCUGUGAUGAGGUGAUAAACUGCAGUAGGCACCUCUGCCUCUCCCACUUGAGGGAAGGUGAGACUCAACUUUGGGGGAGGGGGUGCCUACAGGGACACUUCCCUCCAGCCUUCCCAUUACCCAUACUUCUUGGGCCACUCUGAAACUAAUUAUGACAUUUAGAAAAAAUAAAAUACCAUUGGUACCUGA